AUUCGCGCUUGACUCUAUAAUCCCCACCGUUUUAAUUCGGCCGUUCCACAGAUGCUCCAGAUGUGAACGGUCCGUCGCGUCCACGGGAAGCUGCUAACAGAACCACGCAGCGCCUCCAUCGCCGCCGCUCCGUGCCCGCCCGGCCCUCCUCCUCCGCCUCCCUACCUCCCUCCCUCCCCCCGGCCUCCCUCUCAGACCGAAGCGCAGCAAAGCUGGCUGGGUCGACCAUGGGUUCGGGACGCCUUUGCUCGGUGCUGCUUCUUGGGUUUCUGUUGGGGCUUCAUCACUCCACAGGCUUUUGGAUCGUCAACGUCGUUUUCCCACCCAAAGUCAAGUCCAGAGAAUCAAGUAACAUCACUCCUCCGCUCAUCAUCGUACCAGGAAACCUGGGGAACCGUCUGGAGGCCAAGCUUGACAAACCAACGCUUGUCCACUGGAUGUGCUACAAGAAAACCAAGGACUGGUUCCCUCUGUGGAUUGACCUGAGCAUGCUCAUGCCCAUUGGCGUGGACUGCUGGAUAGAUAACAUUAGACUUGUUUACAACAGGACGACCCGGCAGUCGUCCAACUCACCGGGGGUGCAGGUUCGGGUGCCAGGGUUUGGACAGACGUACCCUAUUGAGUUUCUUGACUAUAACAACCUGACUGGUUAUUUUCACACUAUGGUCCAACAUUUGGAAAACGCAGGCUACAUUCGGAACGAGACGGUCCGUGGAGCGCCGUAUGACUGGAGGUUGGCUCCUAAUGAGAACGCUGACUACUUCAAAAAGCUGCAGGAGCUGGUGGAGGAAAUGCACGAGCGAUACCAACAGCCCGUUUACCUGCUGGGACACAGCAUGGGCUGCCACUACGUCCUCUACUUCCUCAACCAUCAGCCUCAGGCCUGGAAGGACAAGUACAUCAGGGGCUUCAUUUCCCUGGGAGCUCCAUGGGGAGGUGGCGUGAAAGCACUAAGGGUCAUGGCCUCAGGUAACAAUGACGGAAUCACCAUGAUUUCAAAUAUCAAGGUUCGUGAGGAACAAAGGAGGGCGUCGACUAAUCCCUGGAUGAUACCGUUUGAGAAUUUUUGGCCAGAGGACCAUGUCUUCAUUUCCACGCCAAGCUUUAACUACACCAAGCAGGACUACAAGCGCUUCUUCACUGACAUUGAUUUCGAGGAUGGCUGGUUCAUCUGGGAGGACACCAAGAACCUCACUGGUGAUCUCCAGCCUCCUGGUGUUGAAGUGUGGUGCAUGUACGGUGUGGGGCUCCCGACUCCGGUGACGUUUAUUUAUGAUGAAAAGUACCCCGACGUGGACCCGGUGGACUUUGUCUACGCCGACGGGGACGACACAGUGGACAGCUUUAGCAUGGGUCUUUGCAAACGUUGGGAGGAGCAGCAGGAGCAGCCCGUGCAUGUAACAGAGUAUCGAGGUCUGACCCACCUGGAUAUAGUGUUCCACGAAAAAGUGCUGAACCAAAUCCAUCAGAUUCUAGGGGGAGAGUCAGACACACCUAAAGAGGUGGACAUCAAAUCUGGAGCUAAAUAGCAGACAACUGUAUUGAAGAGAUAAUAAAUAAAGUGGCUGUAUGUCUGUUUAGUUGACUUUGUAUCCGUUCAAGUGUUAAUGAAGCAUAAAUAAAUUUGCACCUUUUACCACAGUUACCAUAAGCGCAGCUGGUUCCAGAUCAGUCUGGGUUUGCAAAAUACCCUCACGAUUUGCAUUAUGGAUCUGAACCUGAUUGUCGAGCAUAAUGUCGAGAUGGUUGAUCAUGGUUACUGUUAAAUAUAAUCUGUACUGUGACUAGAAAUCUUGUUCUAUGCAGUUUUAUACAAAUGUUCAUCUCUGCUGUUCUUCCUUUGAAUAGAUCAUCAUAUUGUUGUCAUCGUAAAGUACACACAGCAAACAGGAAAGGAGUAAAUAGUUAUAAAAGUCAUCAUAUUUAUGCCGCCGUAUUAAAAUGUGAAUGUUUUGACGUUUAAUAAAGCAUCUGGACACGA